AGAGAAAGUUUAAAACUCUGACAGUAAUCGAUGACUCUGUGAGGUUGAGACAAAAGGAAGCAAGGCUGGAGGAAGAAAUGGAGGCUCAGAUCAUUGAGGCUGAAGUAGACGAGGAUGAUGGGACGUUCAUCAACAUCUCUCUGGCAGAUGACACAGUAGACGGUGGACCUGCAGCCCUGUAUACUAAACAGGAGAACGAGCUUUUCAUCAUGAACUGCGACAUAGAUGGAGACAUGGAGAACCAGGUGGAGAUGGAGGAGAAGACGAGGUUAAUAAAUCAAGUUUUGGAACUUCAGCACACACUUGAAGAUCUUUCUGCAAGAGUCGAUGCAGUCAAGGAAGAGAACCUGAAGUUAAAAUCAGAGAACCAGGUCCUGGGCCAGUACAUUGAGAACCUCAUGUCUGCCUCCAGCGUCUUCCAGACCACUGACACCAAGAGCAAACGGAAGUGAGGUACCUUCAGGAUGGAGAAAGCUGGAGUGCUCUCCAAACAGCCGAGAGAGGAAAACCCACCAUGGAGAUGUGGAGAGUGUUGUUUUGUUAACAGACCUGGGUGUUUUUUAUCCUCAGAGCUUCCUUACCUGAGCAGAAACUUACAGUUUAACAAUUAAAACAAUAAACUGACUCUACUGACCAUACGUCAUAUAUAACCGUCCAGUAGGGUCAGAAAAAAAUAAAUUUAAUGUUAAUUUAACCCAGGUAUGUUCUGCAGCAGCUUCCUCUCCACACUGCAGAUGAGGUAGACAUCACCCUUUAAUCACUUCAGCUAAAACAGAACCAGUGUAUAAAGUGGUUAAGGGUCAUUUUUACCUCAAGUUUCCUCAUAAUGGUCCCUGGCAAAGUAGAUUCUGUAAAAUAACCCUUAACCCUAUUUAACUUACUUGGUUUUCCCAACGUUCAGUGUGUUUCUAUCCCAAACUGACAAGUUUGGGGGCAAAAACAACCCUUAAAAUAUUACAGUGUUUGAACCUGAACCUCAAUUUCAAGUCUAGUUAAUGUUAUUUAUUUAUUUUUGUAACAUUUUUUUUCUACGUCAGCUGGAUCUGAGUUUUCGGCUGGGUUUGGAUGUCAUUAUGUAUAUGUAAAUCUUGACUCUAUUCCUCCAUUUAAACAGACAAAGUGAACAGUAUUACUGAGAAUGAUACAGGUAUUUGGAUCACAUGUAUGAGAAGUAAUUUUUCUCCCAAAUGGGCUUUUUCUUUUGUUUAGUGGGCUUGCAUAUUUCAUAAAAUGCCUCCUGUUAGUAGUCAGUGAAUUGCAGAUAGUGUAGAGAUACUUAGAAAUAGAUACCCUAUCACUUCUAGGUGGAUGCAAGAUUUUGGAAACUGUUGAACCUAAUAUUCCAGUUAAAAUCAGAAAAGGAGCCAUAUCUAUCAUAAAUAGAGAAAGUGGUCUCCAAGCAUCCAUUACUGGGAACAUUCUAAACUAAUAAUACAAAUUUUUACUUGUAACUAAUGUUUCCUUCUUGUUUAAAGAAAUUUUUAACUUUUUAAAGAAUUAAAAGAACAUUUUUCAAUGACACCCCUGGUACAAACUAAAUUAACUCGUAUGGGUCUGAUGCUGCAGAUCUACUAAAUAAUAUAUUGUUGUUGUUUAUUUGGCUGGGCAGUUUAUUAAUCUCUCUGGGCAUGCAUCCCAAAAGUAUGGGAACCCUUAAAUGCCAUGAAAGACAGAAACAGUAAAGAAAGAACUUUUUAGAUGUUUUGUUGCACAAUGUGUGUUAUGCACUUGUGCAACGAAACAUCUCAAAUGUUGUUUUAGCGUCUUCUGGAUGCAGUCUGAGUUUUCUGAUUAAGUUUAGAUGAUAACUUGUAUUUUUUUCAUGUCUUCUAGCAUGUUGCUCACAUAUUUCAUGUUACGACUACAAAAGCAAUUUGAAAAAAAGUUGAAAGUUUCACUAAACAAGAGAAGAUCUUACCUGAAGACGUUUAAACCUUUUUUGAAGAUUUUAAAUUGUUAAAUGCCACAUUUGCUGAAACAUUAAGCCUGUUAAAAUAUAUUUACAAAGAUGGUCAUUUCAUCUUUUAUGUUUAUGCCACAUAAGAUGAUUCAAGCAGACAGAACCACUUUUGGCAUGUCAACAAAUAGAUGUUGAUUACUUUUCCAGCAUCAGUUAACAAAUUGGAAUUUUAGACUAGGUUUAAAAAAUGUCAAUGUAAGUGCAGCUUGUGUGCCGAAAAAAACUAAAACUGGGGCAGUUAUCACGGAAAUCUGGAGUUUAUAAUAUCAGUGAUAUGGUAUGCAAUUGUUUAAUUUUUUUUUUUUUUAGUACUUACUUUUGACACAAGUGAUUAUUCGGGGCCCUUUCCCUGCAUCCUUUAAUAAACGAGUGCUAUGGCCCAAACUGUAGUAAGUGAAAAAGAUGGCAGGGCUAUAAAUGCACGAGAAAGACCCUGCAUGCAAAACAACGCAGUAAAUAGGCGUUGAGUGCUAUUGAUCCACUCAGCCAGGCCUGGAAUCCAUCACCUGAUGGAGAAUGGGUCUGACUGUAAACUGUGCUGAUGUGUUCAGUGUGCAGCAGAGUGAGGGUGUGUCCUCCAAUGCUGCUGUCUCAUACAGAAUAAGAAAGGACUGAAGAUGGAAGUAUGAGAAGACAAAUUCUUAAUUGGAAAAGGUUCAUGUUCCCUUUAAACUGAAGUAUUCUCUUCUGUAAUGUCUUUUGAAAGUUGUGAUUCGUAAGUUAAGAUCAUGUGACUGUGGUGCUGUCAAAAAGGUAGGAGCUGGCUAUGUUGUGAGGCUACAAACUGUAUAUGCUGUAAUUUAUUGAGGUAAUUUUAAUAUUUUUAACAGUUGUACAAUAGUAUUGCAUUGAUUUCUUCCUGGCAUGCUGAAUAUGCACCAUCUACACACACCCUGGUACCAACUGUUCUGUGUGUAGACACUGCACCUUUGCCUUUAAACUUCUUUGGUUUUAAUAAAACCCUAA